AGAUGGAUAGGAAAAGUUUGCGGAUAAAAACGUCCAUGUGUCACUUGGCAUAACCUAAAAUUGAUUCCUUUUCAUCAUAGAAACAAAAAGGCUUUUAAAAUUGGGAGUUGAAAAACUAUUGCCGUUUGUGAAAAUAAUUUCAUCAUGGUUAAAAAGAGAAGAGAUUUCGAGGAGAGUAAGGAGGAACGUAUGGUUAUGACAAUUGGAGAGAUUAUACAGGAAUUAUUAAAAGCACACACAGAAAACAGAGAUGUAGAUUUAAAUAAACUAAAAACUCGAAUCGCUUCUAAGUAUGGCUUAGAAACUUCUCCUAGAUUAGUUGAUAUUAUAGCAGCUGUACCUGUUGAUGCCAGAAGCAUAUUAGUCCCAAAGUUAAAAGCAAAACCCAUUAGGACUGCUAGUGGUAUAGCUGUUGUGGCUGUGAUGUGCAAGCCACACAGAUGUCCUCAUAUUAACAUGACUGGAAACAUUUGCGUGUAUUGUCCUGGUGGACCUGACUCAGAUUUUGAGUAUUCAACACAGUCGUACACAGGAUACGAACCAACAUCUAUGAGAGCCAUUCGUGCAAGAUAUAAUCCAUUUUUGCAGACAAGACAUCGCGUCGAACAGCUAAAACAAUUAGGACACAGUGUAGAUAAAAUUGAAUUUAUCGUUAUGGGAGGUACUUUUAUGUCUUUGCCUGAAGACUACAGAGAUUUUUUCAUUCGAAAUUUGCACGACGCAUUGUCCGGACAUGUUAGCAGUAACGUUGACGAAGCGGUAAAAUAUUCCGAACGAAGUCGAACUAAAUGUAUUGGAAUUACCAUAGAAACGCGACCUGAUUAUUGUCUUAAAAAGCAUCUUUCCGACAUGUUACGUUACGGGUGUACUCGUUUAGAGAUUGGUGUACAAUCCGUAUACGAAGACAUAGCACGAGAUACUAACAGGGGGCACACUGUACGUGCGGUAUGCGAAAGUUUUCAGUUAUCAAAAGAUGCUGGUUUUAAAGUGAUUGCACAUAUGAUGCCGGAUUUACCAAACGUGGACAUCGAAAGAGAUGUUAAUCAAUUCAUCGAAUUUUUUGAAAAUCCUGCUUUCAGAGCAGACGGUUUAAAAAUUUAUCCGACAUUAGUUAUACGUGGCACUGGUUUGUACGAAUUAUGGAAAACUGGAAGGUAUAAAAGUUAUCCACCAAGCGUUUUAAUCGAUCUUAUAGCUCGUAUUUUGGCUCUCAUACCGCCUUGGACUCGCGUAUAUCGCGUACAAAGAGACAUACCUAUGCCUUUAGUUAGUUCGGGCGUAGAACACGGAAAUUUGCGUGAGUUAGCAUUAGCAAGAAUGAAAGAUUUGGGGACUGAUUGUCGCGAUGUAAGAACUCGAGAAGUGGGAAUUCAAGAAAUACAUCAUAAAGUACAGCCUUACGAAGUAGAACUCAUACGUCGCGAUUACGUCGCGAAUGGCGGUUGGGAAACAUUUUUGUCGUACGAAGAUCCUACUCAGGAUAUUUUGGUUGGUUUACUGAGAUUGAGAAAGUGUUCCAGUGAAACCUUUAGGCCAGAACUUAAAAAUAAAUGUUCGAUAGUCAGAGAACUUCACGUAUAUGGCAGUGUAGUCCCUGUAAAUGCUCGCGAUCCUACAAAGUUUCAGCAUCAAGGAUUUGGAAUGCUACUGAUGGAAGAAGCUGAACGAAUAGCGCGGGAGGAGCAUCAAUCUCAUAAAAUUUCCGUUAUAUCAGGCGUCGGAACACGAAACUAUUACAGAAAGAUGGGUUACGAACUCGACGGCCCUUAUAUGUCUAAAAUGUUGGUAGAUUGCAAAUAAAUUUUGAUUAUUUACGUACGAUACAAAA